UCUUAAUGUAUGUCUCAAAAAUUUUCAAACCCCACUUCGGUAAUAAGGAUUUUUAGGUUCAUACAGUGUAACAGUGAGGUUAUCAAAAAAUUACAUAAGAAAAUUCUGUCUGAGAAAGUGUUAAGGGAAGAACUCCAGAAAUGGAGACACCAUUAGUACCCCAAAAGUUGAGUGCAGAAGCUGACUACUUGGCAGUGAAAGGGUUGAAAGAUGCUAAAUUUGUUUUUUGGACAGAGACAGUGAAGAUAUGGAGAAUAGCAUUUCCAAUGGCACUGUCUGCACUGUUUCAGUUAUUAACAGUGCUCUCAAAUUCUGUCUAUGCCGGUCAUCUUGGAGACCUUGAACUCUCUUCUCUCUCUGUUUACCAAGGUGUCCUUGGUUCCAUCUAUUUUUACUUGUUGUUUGGUAUGUCUUCUGCACUGUCAACACUGUGUGGCCAAGCUUUUGGAGCUGGGCAAAUUCAAUCUACUUGUAUUUAUGUUCAAAGAUCAUGGAUUAUACUUAGUUCAACUUGCAUAAUCCUCUUACCUAUUUAUGUAUAUUCCACACCAAUCUUAAGGUUGCUUGGCCAGGAAAAAGAAAUUGCUGAUCUUGCUGGAAGGUAUUCUAGGCAAGCAAUUCCCUACAUGUUUUCCUGUUCCAUAACGUUUCCCUUGCAUGCGUUUCUGCAGUCUCAGAGCAAGGUUAAAGCUAUUAUGUGCUUUGAAUUUCUGGGUUUUCUCUUGCAAAAUGUGCUGCUGUACGUCUUCGUAACUGUGUUUGGUGGGGGUAUAUCAGAGAUAGCCAUGGUCACUAACAUCGUAGCAUGGCUUUACGCUUUGGCUUUGUUUGUGUAUACCAUUUUUUGGUGCAAAGAAUGGAGUGAAUUUUCUUGGAUGGCAUUCAGGGAUUUGUGGGCAUUUGCUAAGUUUAGCUUUUCAGCAUCUGUGAUGAGUUGCUUGGAACAAUUGUAUGGUACAUGCAUUGUUCUCCUUGCUGGUCAAGUUGACAAUCCUGUGAUUGCUGUUGGUUCUUACUCAAUUUGCUUUAAUGUUCAGGGUUUGCACUCAAUGCUGGUCCUUGCAUUAAGGGCUGCCACAAGCAUUCGGGUCUCCAAUUCACUAGGAAUGUCUCAUCCAAGAGCAGCCAGAUACUGUUUCUGUGUGACAAUGUUUCAGUCUCUCCUCCUUGGAAUUUUGUUCAUGACUGUGACAUUCUUGAGUAAAGAAGAGUUUGCCAAAAUCUUUACCAACAGUGAGGAAAUGAUAGGAGCUGCUGCUGACUUAGCAUACCUUCUUGGUGUAUCAAUGGUUCUGAAUAGUGUUUCACAAGUGAUGUUAGGUGUGGCCGUUGGGAGUGGAUGGCAAGUUAUGGUUGGUUACAUAAACCUGGCAUGCUAUUACAUUGUAGGACUCCCUAUUGGAUUUUUCCUUGGUUUAAAUCAACAUUUAGGUGUCAAGGGUCUUUGGGGAGGCACAUUGUGUGGCAGGGCUCUUCAGAUAUUAGUCCUCCUUGUGAUUAUUUGGAAGACCAACUGGUCUAAGGAGGUGGAGCAAACAGCUCAUCGCAUGAGAAUAUGGAGAAUCAACAACCUCCUCUUGGAUGACAUGGGAAAUGUUACAUGAAAAAACAAAAAUGUUUCAUUUUGCUAAAAACGUUUCAAUCAUUGCUGGUGUAACCGUGUUUUAUAUAUAAUAUUAUGCCAGGGGAUGAUUAUUUGUA